CUCUUGGCGAGCGAGCCGCUCGUGAUUUGACCUCAAUCGGAUCUUGUUGUGUCGAUUGUCGCGGUCCUUUUGGCGCGCGAGAGCGGCCGACCAACAUGAGGCGACAGCACCUCGAGCGCAUGGAACGAAGUGCAAUUACAACAACCCACACAGCAAGCGCUCCAGCUCAAGGCGGCCAGUGUCAUUCGUUGCCCCAAGGAAAAGCUCGGCCAGGAAGACAUCUGAUUCAGAACCCUGGACGAGGCGGCCCCGUUCGCCUCCACAACUCUACUACUACAUGCCGACGUCCUCAGUAAGCCGACUUGACCUGAGCUCCAGACAGGCAUCGCCUCUGCUCUGACACCCGCCCCGUCGGGCCCCGUCAUGUGUAACUCAUCUCCUGGCCCCUCUCGUCGGCUUCCGGGUCCCGUUGUUUCUCUCCGUCGACCAAUGUUGGUCAUCAUGCCGUGGAUGCGUGGCUACUACCCCUGCUGCCCGCUUCAGUCUGCCAUCGCUGACAGCGGUCAUCGGCCAUGUCGAUGUUGAGCAAACUUCAAGGAUCAGCGGGCCAGUGCCCGCCCCUCCCCAACCUGCGCGGACGAUGCGAGGUUCGAGCAUCUGUCCGGCAGACUGCAUCGGUGCUUUGCCACGACCGACUGCGGCACACUCUCCUGGUCCUUGUCCCAGCACGUAGUCCGUAUCUAGCUUCCCAAGCCAUGCCUGUUCUUGGCCCCCCCCUGCUCCUGUUCCCUCCUGUCUUGCAGCCCACGGUCGCACGAGACUGUUACGCCACUCGAUCAGAGACUCCAAUCUCUAAUCACGGCAUCCUGGAUGGUUCUUGUCGACGUUGACUCUUUUCCAAUCUCGAGCUGGAGGGCUCCUUUUAUUACACACCUUCCCUUCCGGUCCAGUCUUGUUUCUACCAUCUUGCCCUAGGUCAACUCGUACUGGUUCAAAGCCUCGAUGCGUAGGCAUUGAUCAACAAGCCCGUUUCUCACGGACCCCUCCUUAUUUCGACAAGGCCUUUCUCCCUGGCCGAGUAGCCAGGUCUCUUCUUCAUCGUUGCAAGGACAACACCGGCGCUGCAAUCAGCGUCAUAUAAGACGACUCUGCAUCUCUCGCUGUGACGCAUCACGACGUCUCCUGAGUCUGCUUGGCUUGUUGAAGUCCUUCCGGGCAUCUCUUCAUGGUCUUCCUUUCCCGGCAAGAGCGCGAAUUCAGCCGUCCCCGCAGCGCAACUCUACCCGCAAACCAUCGAGCAUCAUCACGUUACUGGCCUCUGCCGGCAACUCUGUCACCAUGCUAGACACGUUGACAGACGAUCAACUCAAUGCAAUUAGCAUCAUCGAGCGGUCAUGCUCGGUUCUAUCGCUACUGGGAUGCAUUUUCACCAUUGCCACGUUCUGCAUGUCCAGUUCAUUCCAUAAACCAAUCAAUCGGCUUGUCUUUUACGCAUCAUUCGGAAACAUGUUGACAAACGUUGGGACACUCAUGUCUCGCGCGUAUUUGACCGAGAUCGAUUCCUUCGGAUGCCAGCUCCAAGGGUUCUUGAUCCAGCUCUUCAUGCCCGCCGAUGCCUUUUGGACAUUAGCCAUGGCUAUCAACGUCUACCUGACAUUCUACUAUAAGUUCGAUGCGCGUCGCCUGCGGAAGAUGGAGCUGUGGUAUCUUUUAGGGUGCUACGGCAUUCCCUUCAUUCCAGCAUUCACAUUCAUAUUCAUCAGAAACAGUCGCGGUCAACGUGUAUACGGCAACGCGAACCUCUGGUGCUGGGUAAGCCCCGAGUUCGAUAUCCUCCGAAUCGCCGUCUUUUACGGGCCAGUAUGGUGCGUGAUCCUCGUCACGUUCUUCAUCUACAGUCGCGCCGGGCGCACCAUCUACGAAAAGCGCAAGCAGCUCCACGACUUCCAGUCUUCGGACCCCGAUCCCCUGUCCGUGAACGGAGAGGCCAUCACUACCAUGAAGCGAACCGAGGUUACGGUCACGACCGAAGCCGCAAGCGAAGCUGGGAUUCAGCUGGGCUCAGUCGGCAGGGGUGACACGGCGGGUGGCGAGGGCAGUCGAAAUGCCAACGGCGCAUACUCUGUCCACAUUUCUGCCGAUAACCAGUCGGCCGCGGCUGAGGACAUAUCGCUGCCCAUCCAGGGCCAGACGUUUCAGCAACAGACGAGCAGCGUCCAGAUCGCACGACGACGAGCCCCUAACACUAUGCGACGGCGCAACCACGAACUGAACAACGCAGCAUGGUCUUACACCAAAUGCGCCAUCCUGUUCUUCACCGCAAUCCUGAUCACGUGGAUCCCCUCAAGCGCCAACCGAGUCUACUCAGUCAUCCACCAGAAAGAGACAUUCGUACCGCUCGAGUUCAUGAGCGCGUUCGUCCUUCCGCUUCAGGGCUUUUGGAACGCGGUCAUAUACGCCGUCACGUCAUGGAGCGCCUGCAAGAACCUGUUUCACGACAUGAAGCAGGGCCGGAGGCCGGCUGUUUCAGAGCUCGUCGGAGGGGGCACCAGCGGGGAUGGGACGAGCAGUGGGGGCCCGCGUCGCAGGAGCCAGUUCAAGACGCCCGCGAGAAGGAAUUCUGGCACGUUUGAGUCGGAAAGCAUGACAGAACUCGCAAAAACAAGGACGAACUCGGCGGAUGGGAGGCAUGCCUGUUGAUUCGGGGGCUCGUUGGUGGUAAUCCUUCUUCGUACAAGCGAUUGGCUUUUUCACUCGGGAGCACCAAGUGUUUUCCUUGCUUUAUAUUGAUGCCAGCAACAUCACCAGCGGUAUAUGAUUUUGGACUAACGUCUUUGGGGAUUGGACACUGGGGUGCGGUUGUAUUUGGGGCGAUACCACGCUGCUUUGCUGAUGUUUUCUUAUACCAUUCUACGGCCUUUUUGGAUGAUUCCUCCUCCCCUGAUGUAUCUGACCAUGAAAAUUCUAUACAUAACACCAGGCCUGUGCAGCUACCGGCUGGCUCCCUGACAGAGACUUCGUAGCUAAGCUGACUGACUGAUUUCCUGCG